AGCACCUAACAUGAUAAUACACAAGUGCUGUUAUCUUCUAAACAAUUAACUGAACGAUAAAUUUCGUAUAUCUAUGUAAUUAUUAUAAUUCCAUUACAUUUAGUGAGUGUAAAUAAAAAUCGACAAAAUGAAAUAUUCAAUGAAAGUUUCAUGGACAUUAUUUAUUUUUAUGUGUACUUGUUUUGCUGAGAAAAAGUUUCAAAAUAAACUUCCAACUGUCGGUAUUUCAGUUUUAGUUCGUAACAAAGCGCAUAUUUUGCCUUAUUUCUUCAGCAGCUUAUAUAAUUUAGAUUAUCCGAAAGAUCGAAUUUACUUAUGGAUUCACAGUGAUUUCAAUGAAGACAAAAGCAUAGAAAUUAUAAACAAAUGGGUAGAGAAUUAUGGGUCUGAAUACAAUGGCAUGUAUGUUACGACGAAUACCAGUUCUGGACCCCUACAUAGCGAUGAGUCAAGUUCAACUAAUUGGAGUCCGAAUCACUUUAGACAUGUGAUAAACAUGAGAGAAGCAGCUCUAGACUUUGGGCGAAAACUGUGGGCUGACUAUAUAUUUAUGUUAGAUGCUGACGUAAUUCUUACAAAUAUUGAGACUUUGAAAGUCUUAAUCGCAAAAGAUUUCACUGUUGUUUCUCCAAUGCUUAUGUCCGAUGGAGUGUAUUCUAAUUUUUGGUGUGGGAUGACAGAAAACUAUUACUACAAAAGAACAGAUGACUAUAAGCCAAUAUUAAAUAGAAAGAAAACUGGCUGCUUUGAUGUUCCUAUGGUUCAUAGUGCUGUAUUGAUAUCAAUGAGAUAUGAUGUUUCUGACAAGUUGACAUAUUAUCCUAGUAAGAUCACUAACUAUGAUGGCCCUGAGGAUGACAUUAUUGCCUUUGCUCUGAACUCAAAGGCACUUGGCAUACCGUUGUAUAUUUGUAAUGAAGCCAUUUAUGGUUUUGUUCCCGUUCCCUUGGAAGAUAAUGAUCCUCUGGAGAAGGAUUAUGAACAAAUGCUCAAUAUAAAACUGGAAGCAAUUAGCCAAGGUACACCUUUACCAUUAAACCAUAUGUUGGAAGAAUAUGUAACACAUCCAAACAAAUGGAAGUUUGGUUGUGAUGAAAUAUAUAUGAUUAAUUUAGAGAGAAGGCAAGAGAGACGGUUUCUUAUGGAGCUCAGUUUCAAAGAACUUGGAAUGUCAGUGCAGCAUUUCAGUGCAAUUGAUGGUCGAAAUUUAGACAUGAAUGAUCUAAGAGAGUACUCUAUUACAUUAAUGCCAAAUUAUGAAGACCCAUAUCAUAAAAGACCAAUGAAAGCCGGUGAAGUCGGUUGCUUCUUGAGUCACUAUUAUAUUUGGCAAGAUAUUGUAAAAAAUCAUCAUCGAGUUGCGUUAUUGCUAGAAGACGAUAUACAUUUUGUACCGUACUUUAGGCAUCGAUUCAUUCAAUUGAUGGACGAGAUCAGUGAAUUGGACUGGGACCUUGUGUACAUAGGACGCAAGAUCCUUCUAGAUGGUGAGGAGGAGUACGCGACUCCUCAUACCACGAGACCUCUGUAUUCUUACUGGACCCUCGGUUAUUUGAUCAGCGAAAGAGGCGCUAAGAAACUCUUAAGGGCAGAUCCGUUAUCGAAAAUGCUGCCUGUUGAUGAGUUUCUACCUAUCAUGUUCGAUCAGCAUCCUAAUGAAGAAUGGAAGUCGCAUUUCGAAAAUCGUGAUUUAAUCGCACUUUCGGCGGCGCCAUUACUUGUCCACCCCACGCAUUAUACGGGCCAGCCGGGAUACAUCAGUGAUACAGAAGAUUCAGACAUAGUUGACCCGGAUUUCGUGCAUCUCCAAUCAAAAAAUGAGCUCUAACUCGGCGGUUUCAGUAAGAAAAAUAACAGUGCAUUUAAUAGUUUGUAGGUAGCUAGUAAACUAGAGAAAAUGUUACUAUUGAAAUUUAACGAAUUAAUGAAUAGUAAUAAUAUUUUAUGUAAAUACCUUUAAAUCAGGAAUUUCCAAAGUAUUUUGGUCAAGAGAUCCUUUUUUCAACAUGAACUGAUAACAUUGACCAUUAUAAGCCAAAAAACUUUACUUUAAAAGUUUUAUAAUUUAUAUGCAUAUUUUUAAAAAUCUUAUCUCCUGCUUUAUUCCUGUUGAUACAACUUAUCAAUUUAAAAAACAAAGCUUUUGAUUAAGUUAUCGUGUGCGUUAAUGGUCCAUAACGACCCCUUUGCGAAUUCCUACUCUAAAUAAUUGGUAAAUUAGUAUUAAAUGCUGUAUACCCAUAAAUAGCUUACAGCGUUUUUGUUUCGUUAAAAUCGUGUGUGGACCCUUAAAUUGCUUUGUUAAUAUAACACUUUAUAUCUGUUCGGAGCUAUGUAACAUAAUUAAUAAUUAAUUGAGAUAUAAAUUUGCUUCAUUAGUUAUGUUUUUAUCAGCGAAUUACCAACUGUACCUAUUUUAAUUUGUGUAAAAUUAGUAGUUACUAUAUUAUAUUUCAUCGUAAUAAAUAAUAAUUAUUGUAUACAAUGAAGAUUUGUUCUUGUAUCAAUUGGGGCCAACGUUCUAAAAUAGUUAUUUAGUUCUUAAGAGAUGUUUAAUAUAUUACUAUAAAGAUUGCCAUAUUACUAUUAAGUUAACGAAUGUUUUAUAUUUGGUGAAUAAUUAAUAAAAUAUUAAUAAUAUACGUGAAUUGAUUUAUGAAAAAUUAAAAUAAAUAUAUAUAUAAAUGCGUAAUGUAACAAAGGAUGUCAAUCUCGUGAUCCCAAGAAGAAUAAAACUGAUUACUUUUAGCGAAGUAAAAUCGACCUUGUGCCUCUGAAGAAUAGAUUUAAAAUAUCAUCAUUUCAAUAAUAAAUUUGUAACAUCUGUUAUUAAGAUUCGCGAAUAUCUUCUCGUUCAUUACAAGCCGUGUAAUCGAACGGCCGAGGGACAUCCACAUUUGGCUGACACGCAACAUACCUCGCAUAACUUUACGAGUCAUCCGAGCCAUAUUAUAUAUUUAGGAUACAAUAUAAAUUAUUAUUAACGCAAUUCAGAUGUCUGUUUUGAUAUACCGUUGAGUAAGUGAUUGUAUUGCCCGUAUUGAUUUGAUUAUUAUUUUUGGAGCUUGUUUUCAAAGCGAUGUUUAGUAUAUUAGUUUGAAUUCAAGACCGAUUUUUGAUAAUCGAUUCAAAAUAAAUGCUAAUUUGUUUAUUGAUAAUUCGAGUAAUUUUUACAAACAGUUUAAACUAAUAACAGCUAAACUCUUUUUAACCAAUAAUAAAAUUGUUACUUAAGAAGCAAAGCAUAAUUAGUAUACUAAUAUGAAUUUAUGAAUAUAUUUUGAAGAAUAAAUGGUUUAUGCCUUUGUAUGACGCAGUUUGUUUUGUAAAGUAUUCUCAUGCUUUUCCCAACAUUCAUUUCCAAAAUCCACUUUAAUAUUAAAGUAAAAUGAACCACUUACCUAUUUAAGUAGAUAUAAAUUAAACUAAUCAAAACUAGCUACCUAACGAACUAACUAGUGAAACAGUUAAACU